AGCAAAGGCGAUAGCAAUGGAGGUGAAUGUUCUACUUUUACAAGCCGACUUUCAAGAAUGCGCGAGAGACUGGAUUUUAAAAGAAGAUACUGGCUAUCACGGAAGUUCACGAGAAGUACCCCGGACUUUUCGAUCAAAACGGAGAAAUAGUUUACAAAUACAAGUAAUAUUCAGAAGUUACAAUCAAAAUCAGCAUUUAUUGGAUCAUCAGCUGCAACAGAGACAAAUGAUUGAAGACCAGGUUCUGAAUAAAUUUCAUCAGCAGCAAUUUUUUAAUUCAGAGCCGUUGGAGGUGGAUCAGCAUAUACAAGCAGGCGGUGCACAAACAGUUAACUGGGAUGUGCAUGCGCAACCUUAUUGACACGUAGCUGGUCGACCUGCGGCCCCUAUACGUCCCUCUGUACGUGUUAGAUGUACAUAUUCCAGCAUGUCCUGCGGCAAUACCAAUUGCACAGGCUCUGAUGGCACGGCCACCGCCACCUGACAUUCAGCCAAUACAGGGCCUAUGGCAAAUAGCCUCUGGCAAAUGGCCUCUGGCAAAUUGCCUAUAGCAAAUAGCCUAUCCGCAUGAGGACAGACCGCCUCUGGUUUUUUACUGAGGCUAUUUGUACAUAACUUGUUGGAAAUAAUGUAAAACCAAUAUUAUUAUUCUUCAAUAAUUGUUUUU